AUGGACAUCAAACCACAAAUAUUUAAGCUGGGCGUUGGGAUACGAAUCUUCUUAACAUUUCUUUUUGCUGCCCUAGUACUGGCAGUGGUAAUGUGGGCUUACAUUGGGCAUGUAACUAUUAUAUCAUCACAGUAUGGCAUUAUGGGCUUUGGCAUUUACGGUAUUCUGCUAUGCCUUCAUCUACUGGUCCAAAGUAUUUUUGCCUUUGUGGAGCACCGGCGGAUGCGUACCAGAAGAGAAGCUUGUUCCUACACAAAGACUGUUGGUUUUACCAUCUCUGCUUACCAGGAAGACCCAAAGUACCUGCGGGACUGUUUACAAUCAGUUAAGGCACUCUGUUAUCCACCUGAACUGCUCCGGAUUGUCAUGGUAGUGGAUGGUAACACAGAAGAAGACAACUACAUGAUGUCCAUGUUUAAAGAGAUUUUUGCAGAUCAGGAUCCCUGCUGCUAUGUGUGGCAAAACAACUAUCACACACACCCAGCUGGAGUGGGUCCUCAAGAAGAUUCCCAGCAGCAGGUGGUAGAAGAAAUUAUCAAAACUAAGCGGUGUGUUUGCAUUAUGCAAAAGUGGGGAGGGAAGAGAGAAGUGAUGUACACAGCAUUCAAGGCACUGGGAUCUUCAGUGGACUACAUACAGGUGUGUGAUUCAGACACAAAGCUGGAUCCCUUGGCAACAGUAGAACUGGUCAAGGUGCUUGAGAGUAACACAAGAUAUGGUGCUGUAGGUGGCGAUGUGAUGAUCCUUAACCUAAAAGACUCGUACAUCAGCUUCAUGAGCAGUCUGCGAUACUGGAUGGCGUUCAACGUUGAGAGAGCAUGCCAGUCAUUUUUUGACUGCGUGUCUUGUAUUAGUGGCCCCCUAGGUCUGUAUAGAAAUGACUUAUUGCAACAGUUUUUGGAAGAUUGGUACAACCAAUCAUUUCUGGGCCAGCAUUGCACUUUUGGAGAUGAUCGACAUCUUACAAACCGAAUGCUGAGCAUGGGUUAUGCCACUAAGUACACAGCUCGAUCUAAGUGCUAUACAGAGACACCGUCCCAGUUCUUGCGUUGGUUAAACCAGCAAAUGCGGUGGACAAAGUCAUAUUUUCGUGAGUGGCUCUACAAUGCCAUGUGGUGGCACAAGCAUAACCUUUGGAUGACCUAUGAGUCCAUUGUGGCUGGAAUCUUUCCCUUCUUUGUCACAGCCACCAUGAUUCGACUGUUUUGGGUGGGCACGUUAUGGAACAUCCUGUGGGUCCUUUGCUGCAUUCAAUUAAUUGGACUGAUUAAGGCAGCCUAUGCUUGCAUCUUACGACAAGACAUAGUGAUGGUCUUCAUGUCUCUCUAUUCUGCCCUCUACAUGACAAGUCUUCUGCCUACUAAGUAUUUUGCCAUGCUAACCAUGAAUAAGAGCAGCUGGGGCACUUCAGGCCGCCGUAAACUAGUGGGAAAUUACAUCCCACUCCUUCCCCUAUCGAUAUGGGCAGCCAUCCUGCUGAGUGGUCUGAGCUACACAAUCUACAGGGAAAGCAAAGAGGACUGGAAAACAGCUGCAAAACAGGAGGAGAUCAAAUAUUUGAUCUCUGGUGCUGUGGCAUAUGUCAGUUACUGGCUAAUUAUGGUCUUCGUAUACUGGGUGUGGAUUCGUAGAUUGUGCCGAAAACGUUCACAGGGUUACAAAGUGAAUGUGUAA